AUGCAGGUCAGGUCGAAUGCCAUGCCUGGCAAGGUGACGGUGGAGUCGUCGCCGACGUACAUCUUCAACCCACUGGCCCCAUACAGAAUGGGCAUGGUGCAGCCUUUCGCGAGGCUCGUGCUCGUGCUGAGGGACCCGACAGAUAGAUAUUUUUCACAGUUGCGCAUGACGAUGUGUUCCGGCAAGGCCAACCAGACCUUCGAGGGCGUGAAAGAAGCAGCCUGGUUCCACUCCCCCGGUGAUGCCGCUGGCUACAUCGACGGGGCGGAAGCGACAUAUGAGCCCUACACGCCCCUAUGCCGGGGAGAAAAAGCAACCGCGAUGGACCUCAGGAAGUGCAGCAGGGCCCAGCGCCGGCACCACCCGCUCUUCAGAGGGUUGUACGCCGACCAGCUGGAGAGGUGGUUCAGAGUCUUCGACAAAUCACAGGUUGGUAACAGCUGA